AGUUAGCAGAAGAUGCAACGUUCUCCAUAAUAAAUGCAUUGGUUUAAAUUAAAUUUUGAUAGAAAUAUCCGGUUCGUGGAAUAAUUUCAACAAGAUUAUCAAGGAAAAGUGCGGUUUUUCUCUAAGGUAAAUUUGUGCAUUCCUUGCUCUACAUAAGCCAGAUUUUGGAUGGAUCCGACACGAGAAAAUGGUUUCAAAUGCUCCACAUGCUUUAAAACCUUCCGCACUAAAUACCGCUUAAAGUGUCACAUGGGCACACAUAACGCCGUUGUGAAGCUAAAAUGUGAGAUUUGCGGUAACAUCUUCAAAACUCCGAGAACCUUGUCCACUCACAUAAAAAUGCAUCACACCAGCCGGGACCGACCCAGUUGCGACAUUUGUCACCGUGUAUUUUACACAUCCGAAACUUUACGAAGACACAUUGAUGCCAUUCACAGCACGAUCGACCGGCCUCGGUUUCCAUGCGGGUUUCCUGAUUGUGAUAAAUUCUACCUAACGAAGGAUGAUGUUUCGGCUCACAUAAAAACUCAACAUUCCGAGACACCGAUCCGAUUUCCUUGCACACUCUGCGGAAAAGAAUUUAAAACAAGAGCCGAACUUGAGAAACACAUUUCCAUCCAUACGAAGGAGAAGUCCUACGUUUGUUCCACUUGUGAGAGGAGAUUCCCAAGCCUGAGCAAUUUAAGAAGCCACGAGGUUACACAUUUGGAAAAAUCGGCCCGAAGGAUUUUCAAGUGUUGCCUUUGUCCCCAGAUGUCCUUAACUAGAGCUAACUUACAAAAACAUGUCCAAGUUGUACAUGAAAAUCAGGGGAAUUAUCAUUGCUCAUUUUGCGACAAGAGAUUCUCGACAUUGGGCAACAUGAGACUUCACGUGGACGUGAAACAUCCCCCGAAUCGGGAGAAAAUCCAUUCCUGCGACAAAUGCGAGUACAGGAGUCACUCGAAAGUAUAUUUAGCCCAACACGUGAAGCGUCACAAUCCUGCGAAUCGAGGGUGUUACUUCUGCCAGAAAAUGUUCGGAAAUUUUUCAGGAUUAGUGAGACACUGUCGUCUGCAUACUUUAGAGGGAUAAUCCUGGAAAUUUGUUGUUGUAAUCUUCUGAUUAUAAUAUAUAUUGUGAAAGUAGGCCGACUAUGGUUAUUUGCAGUGAUUUCAUUACUAAAAUUAAAAAAUUAAAUUAAAAAUUAUAAUUAUUAUUACUACAAUAAAAAUUUAAAAAUUCAAGCCAUAACAUUAAUCACAAUAAACAAU